AUGGGUCAGAAGGAAAAGUGUCAUGAAGAUCAGAAGUAUUCAUGGAUAAGACGCCCAACAGGUAGUGUUGGUCAUAAAUGGACUUCGUACAGCAUACAAGAAACACCGAGUUGUGCGGAUUGUCUCAAUGUACUGAAUCAAUUUAAGAGAGGUAUUGAGGAUUCAAAUAUACGCGAGAGCCUAAAGAAGUUACUUGAUGAGAAAGUUUGUUCACGUAUGGGCUUCUUCACUGCUGCAUGCAGAGAAGCAGUAGAGUAUAACUUUGAUCAAAUUCUAAGUGGCGUGACACAGAUUGAUGCAAAGGAGGUAUGCAGUUUAUUUAUGAUGUGUCCUAACAAGAACAUCAGCGUAUUGAGCGUCGAGAAAUCAACAUCGAUUUCUACUAGACAGAAUAUUCCCGGUGUUUGCCAAUUGUGUGAAUUAAUAGUCAAGAAGGUGUUCGAGCUUAUUGCUGCCAAUCGAACUGAACGUCAAAUUCUGUUGGCUUUAGAGACCGUCUGCGAGUAUAUACCAUCUGACUAUAAAACUCAGUGUUCAAACUUUGUAGAAAAUUAUGGUGAACAAAAACUGCCGCCCGAAAUUCAACAAACACAUCUGCCUAAAAUUGAAUUGACUUCUGGCAUAGAUGCAUGCUUAACGUGUAAAUUCUUCAUCGAAACAAUUUAUGGACAACUUCAAGAUAAUAAGACGGAAGAUGAACUAAAACAACUAGUUAAAGGGGCAUGUUCUUUCCUACCUGGUAGUUAUGCUGAUAGAUGUUCUGAAUUGGUAGAUCGUUAUUUCGAUGAUGUACUGAAGCUAAUAGAAAAUAACUAUACUCCUGAGCAAAUUUGUCACAUGAUCUCACUUUGUCCAAGAAUACCAUUUUGGAGUUUGUCUGAACAAAAUCCAUGUCUUUUGGGCGCAGAAUACUGGUGUCGUGAUUAUAGUACUGCGAAAAUGUGUAAUGCUGUACAAUAUUGCAGUUCAACUGGAUGGAAAACCUAUCCAUCUAGCAAUCAAAAUAAACUGUUUAAAUCCCAAUGUGAGUUAAUGAAGUUGCCAGAGAUAUGUGUCAACUCUGAAUUGGCUAAAAAAUGUAAUCGUGUAAAUGAAUGUUAUCAAGAACAGGUGAAAAAGUUUCUCAAUUUAUUCAGCAUCUCAUCAUUAGCAACAUCAAAAGAUGAAAAUAAAUCACCAUGUUCUGUUUGUGUGAUAAUGACAACACGUUGGUUGUUACAAUGGGAUAUAUUCGGUGGUCCAAUUAUUAAUCGUAAUAUAUGUGAUGCAUACAAAGAUGAGGAACUUGAACAGUGUUACCAAGUUAUUGAAAAAGCUGGGAUGCUGUUAAUCCAUUCACGUAAAGACCGUCAACAUGUGGAACAGAUAUGCGCUCGUACAAUCAAUUGUUCUCCUGCGGGAAAGGAAGAAAAUGGAGACAAACAACUUACUUAUGAGAAGUUAGAUCGAGCAGAAUCCUUUAUCUCUGACAAAUUUGAUAAGAUAUCCUGCUUAUCCGGUCCUACAUAUUGGUGUUCAUCGAAGGAUACAGCUAAAAAGUGUAAUGCCACAAACUAUUGUCAAGCAACUUAUUGGCCUGAAGUCAAUAACAAUAACAACAAUAUUAAUGAAGAUAUAUUAAAGACAGAAAAUAGUCAAAUGAAUCAUGACAAUAAUGGUAAUAAUGUUAACACGGUUGUGACACCGUUACCGGUACCUGUUGCAAAAUCUGAAAAAUUAUUAGGCAUUAAACCAUGUACAUGGGGACCUGCGUAUUGGUGUAUAUCAGAAGAAACAGCUAAAAAGUGUGGUGAUGCAGCAUUAAUGCAUUGUAAAACAAAAAUAUGGAUUGAUCUACCAGUGACUACUACACCACCCAGUGGAAUGUACUAUAGUCAUGAGAAAUGUACUCGUGGUCCAACAUUUUGGUGUGCAUCCUUUGAAAAUGCAAAAUUAUGCGGUGAAGAUGCUGAAAGACAUUGUAUCAAUGUGGUUUGGUCAAAUAUACAUAAAUCGAAAUUGCAAAUAAAACCAUAA